UGAAAACAAGGAGCCGGAAAAAUCCUCUCUCUCCGUGUAGGGGAAAAAAGAAUGAGUCUUUACGACGACGAAGCUCUGAAGCAGGAGGUGAUCUACCUCCACUCUCUCUGGUACAAGGGUCCUCCGACCCGAAACCCGAAUCCGACCUGGCACCCGGCACUGAAUCGGAACCCGGGUUUUGACCCGAUUCAGAGACCCAGAACGAACUAUAUUCCUCCGGCGGAUCUGAAUCUUCCCUCUCGCUACGUACCCGUGGCCGCCAGGUCCCAUCUCGUACCCAGAAAACCUAAUCACCCAAUUCAUCUCUACAAACGCCCGGGACCCGAUCCGGGUCCGGAAUGGCCGGCGAGGGAGGCGCUGCCGUCUCCUCCGAUGAAAUCUGGGUGGCGCGAAUUCAGGCCCAAUCCGUCUAAGAAGCCCCGGAAGUUUCCGCCGGAGGAGCUAGCAAAAUUGAUGAAUAAUAAGCUCCAGAAUGGCAUUCUGCAGGCCUGCCGUGAGUUCUUCGCAGGGAAAUCGAACGAAUAUGGCGGGUAUGGGUCGGAGGACGGUGAAGGGGACGAUGAUCAGUCGCCUGAGAACGUAUCCUCGGCUGAGUUCGAGUUCUUUUCGAGGACGUUCGACCAGAACGGCGAGCUGAAGCAGUACUACGAGAAGAACGCCCGCAAUGGCGAAUUCUGGUGUCUGGCUUGCGGUGGCGGCGGCGGCGAGAAAAGUUUACGGAAGUUCAAGAGCUGUUUGGCGCUUGUUCAGCAUUCCUUGACGAUUCACAAGACGGGCAUGAGAACUGCACACAGAGCUUACGCGCAGGUUAUCUGCAAUGUUCUUGGAUGGGACGUUAACAAUCCCGUUGCUUCAAGUCAAAAGGAUUCUCAGGUAACUGAUGAAGGGACCAAUGUUGAAUGCCGACCCGAGUGUUCUUCAGACCCAAAUAAACCUCCGGAGAAACAGUUAAUGUCAGCUGAAGAACAAGCAAAUACUGAAGGCAAAUCCACAGAACAACAAUGAGGCAGGAUCAGGAUCUGGUGUAUAACGGUUGCCGGCAGUAUUUUUCCAGGUUGCUAGGAACAUAUGUUUUCAUCAGGAGUCCUAUCUUCAAGAAUGUUAGGUUCAAUAGACGUGGAUGGUACAGUCGAGAUAAUGACCUUGCUGAGGAUGCAAAUCCAGGCCAACUUAGUGCCGAAGCUAGUGAGACAGAUGGCGAAGGCCUGAAAAGCCGACAAUGGCUGCAUAUAGUCCAUGGUGAAGAUUUCAUCUCCGACCUUCCCAAAUUGCAACACAACAUUGUUCCCACUGGACUUGGAGCCUGCUUGCUGUGAUGCCACC